AUGUACAACAAACCGAUUAGUAACAGUACUCGUGCAAACUCGACAACAGACACAACGCGCAUACAGGCCCCUCACACAACGCCCAGCACCACCGUCGCCCGCAAACUGACCUCCCUCCUCGCAGGCAGCACCACCGCCGCAGGCAGGCCCUCCGCAUCGACCUCCAGAUACUCCUCCGCGCGCAGCGAGCUCGACUUCCACCCCCAGCUCUGGCUCACCGAGAACACAUCCGGCGCGCUCGUGAAGCGCGUCAGACUCGCCCCAGUCGCGCUCGCACACGCGAUCGUGAAGUACGCGCUGACCGCCGGGCGCGGGUCGCGGUACGGCUGCGGGGGCGUCGACGGCGGGGGCCAUCGCGGGCAGCGUCACGGGGAGCGCGAGCGAGCCGAUGCUGUUUGA